GAAAGAGCCCCUGGCUUAACUGAAAGUCAUAGCAAGCCAGCAUGAUUAACGCCUGGCAUUUUGCUGCUAGCACUUUAUCAAGCUCACCCCUAGCACUUUAUGAAACUCACCGCCAUUGACCCCUUGUUCAACCCUUGUUCGGAACUUCAAAGUUCAUUUCAUGGCAAAUCAUCUGAUUCCAUCAAGUUGUCAUCUCAGAUAUUCUGAUGCCCUGUAAGUUAAGCUUGUUCUUUAAGAAAUUUAUCAUUCAACAUAUAGCACAAACCACACUAACAAAGAAGGUUUUUACAUGCAUAAAGUCUCCCAGUACAGUUGGGUAAGCAGGUACUCAGUGUAGAUGGAAGAAUCCGAGAUCAACACCAAAUUUCUAGCCCAGCCCAAUUUGAGAGGAGAGGAGCCUCAGGCUUUGUCAGAAUCCAUAAUGUCACAGGCAGUUCAAGCCUAUGAAGUACACCGAGUAAGUGAAACAGCAGAUCCAACUGUACAAUUACCUGCAACAUCUCAGGAGGCAACAUCAAGUGACAUGGUGGCUUCAAGCUGUCCUGACUGGAAUAUCUUCAUGUGUCCAAUAUGCUUGGAUACAUUGAAGAACACCAGGAUCACCAAGGACUGUUUCCAUCGAUUCUGUAAAGAUUGUAUCAUCACAGCCCUUAGACGUGGCAACAAAGAAUGUCCUGUGUGUAGAAGAAAACUAAUUUCAAAAAGGUCAUUAGAUCCAGACCCUCAAUUUGAUGAACUCAUCAAGAAAAUGUAUUCAAGUUCUAAUGAAAAUGAUGCUUCUGAAGAGAAAUCAUUAGGCAGCAAUGAGUAUAAAACUCAGCAAGCACCCAGUGUCAUCCCUGAAAAGGAAAAGGAGAUAGAUGCCAUAAACAGUGUCCAUCCAGGAAAGAAGCAACAAGUUGAAACUGGUACUGGGUGGGAAUAUAAUCAUGACAGCUCACCCUGCAAUAGUGCAUCUACACACAGCAGUGGCAUAGCAGGUCCCAGCAACAAACGGGCCAGAACAUCUGGGCCUGACGAUGAUACUAAAUACGUAGUAGUGACCAUUGAUCCUGUGGCUGAUGUGGCUAGUGAAUAUGAAUCCAAUCUUCAUCCUACACUUAGAGGAAAAAAUGGCCCUGGAAAGACAGGGACAAAAAAGACUUCAGGUAAACAUAAGAAACGAAGAAUUUAAAGCCAGUGAAGACCAUGUGUGGCAAUUUACCAUUCUUAGGUGGCACCAUGUAAGCAGAAGCCAUUGCCUCUACCCAUCACUGUGAACAAGUCUCUAUUCAUUAUGUUUUCCUCUAACGAUGGGGCACACAAGUUAGAAACGAAAUAAAUCCAC